AUGGCGCCAAGAUGUAUGAGGCGAACAGAACAACUGCGGCAGAGAAGAGGCAAGCCUGAAACGCCCGUGUUGCAAGCCCAACUGGAGACGUCCCACUCCUCCCCUUUGUACAAGAAUAUUCCGUGCCACGGGCCCGGCUUCACUGAGAUCUUCUCGUUGAUAGGUCAGCUGUCGGGGUCAGCUUUGGGCGGCGUACUAUACGGGCUGGGCGGGUUCACACUUCCGUUCGUCUCUGUCGGCGGCCUAGGGAUGCUGUGCAUACCUUUGGUGGCAUAUGCAGUACCCACCUCGGUGUCAGUACCCACCUCGGUGUCAGGUAAGGUUACGGCAAUUUUAUCGGUGGCGUAUGCAGUACCCACCUCGGUGUCAGGUAAGGUUACGGCAAUUUAUUUGGUGGCGUAUGCAGUACCCAUCUCGGCGUCUGGUAAGGUUACGGCAAUUUUAUUGGUGGCGUAUGCAGUACCCAUCUCGGCGUCAGGUAAGGUUACGGCAAUUUUAUUGGUGGCGUAUGCAGUACCCACCUCGGUGUCAGAUUGUCAGACGCUUUCGAAAGAGGCGGGCAAGAAGAGCCUUCCGAGGGGUCUCAUGUGUCAGAUGAGGACUCUCCUGGUCUGCCUUACAGUGGUCUGCAGCCUUGUCGUGCCGUCAAUCCUGGACCCAAUCCUGGAACCCUUCCUCAGAAAGUUCAAGCUUAAACCGGAAAUGAUCGGCGUGGUGUUUCUCGUCCUGGCGGCAACUUACUCCGCGUCCUCGCCGCUUUGGGGAUGGGUGUCUGAUAAAGUGAACGAUCAGAGACCCCUCCUGAUCCUGGGAUUCCUAGGCGCGUGUUUAGGCUCGUUGCUGAUUGGUCCAUCGCCGCUGCUCGGCAUUGCAGAAGGGUCUAGCGGUUUGUGGUAA